GGAAGAAGUAGGAAAAAUCCAGCCGUUAUAUUUUUUUUCAGAAAUGUGGAAUGAUAGGAUUGUUUUUAUUCACCUGUUUGUGUCAUCUUUUGUAUUUAUAUCCACACAUCAGCUUUGUAGCGGGAAGCAAUUUGAUUGGCUGCAGCAUGCGUACACAAAAACUAGUCCCCAUAUGUCAGACACGCCCUUGGUCAUCCGUCGACGGACGCAUGUAGUGUGAACAAGCGAAUGCAUUGUGAGUCCGUCCGUCCAUUCGGCUCCAGGGCCUACGUCAAAAAGUUGAGAAACUUGUGAGUAGGCCUACGGACGGGUGCGGGUUUGCAGAAUAACACCGGUGCAGGCUCUGCUCUGCUUAACUCUCCAAACGCAUUUGCCACAUCUUGCUCCGACUGUUUUUGACUGACUAAUUUUAAAAUGGUUAGCUACCCUGGCCGUCCCUGGCCUACACCCAAAUUUAGGACUGAGUUUGCAACCAGCAAGGCAGGGUAACGAGCACAGCAACGCAAGCAGCGGGAAAUGAAAGCACAGCGGCGCCCCGAUGUAGAAUGACGAGUUGGAGCGCGGCAAUGACAACUAUUGGCACAUUUCAACCGGUGGGUGCGGCUUGGCGGGGUAGUGAAUGGCGGUUCGGCGCAGCCCAGUUACGGCUCGCGUUUCCACCGCCGACAGUACCCUUAUGCUAGGGUUUAAACCGGAGGGGAAUGGCCAUCCGGUUACGUUAGCAUCCUGACCUCGUAGCAGCCCGACACAGUGUAGCCUGCUAAUAAGUCCAAGGAAAAAGAAGUACGCGACACAAUAAACAAAGAUCAAUAAUGUAGGACGUCCAAGAAGGACGGAAAACUUUUGCGGGACAUUUUCUUCAAUAAACAAAGCUUUCGCCAUUGUCCAGAAAUACCUUGCGGAUAAUGUGUUGGUUUGUUAUUAUCCCCCUGUCGCACGGAAGGGCGAUUCUGUUAACCAAUCAAUGGACGGCGUGUUAGCUCGAACUUGCCGGCAACCUUUAAGGCGCCUCUGUACCCCAACGGAGGAGUAAUACGGCUCAGUCCGGAUCACGUCCACUUUUCGCGGUGGAAACGCAACCUGUGCCGAACCUUUGCGGACUGAACCGACCCGCAACCUCCGGUGGAAACGCACCAUUAUUGCGUCAACAACAAAUAUAUAUCUAUAUCGACAUUCUGCUUGAAAAUAUCGAGAUAUGACUUUUGGUCCAUAUCCAGCCCUACUUUGAGUCUCAGCUUUCAUAUGGUAUAUCGUUUUUGUACAUAGCAUGACGUUAAAUGGAUUGUUUAAGCAUUGUUAUUAGCAUUUAGCUUCUACCGGGUGUAAACCGCAUACGUAUCAAGCACCUAGCCUCUAGCCAUAUAAAUGAGGGUCCACACACACAAACACCCAAUAUAAAAAAGUCAUACUUCCAAUCGAUUACUCUUUUUAGCGCCAGUGUAACAAGGAAUAACGUAACUGUUUAAGCUUGACAUUGUGUCCCUGCCACGUCUGCAAUGGUUAGCAUUUGUGAUUUUUGCCACCUUGGGCUAGAGCGUCAUCUCUAGAGCGUCCUCACGCUCUAGCCUGAACGGAAGUCAAUGAGACAACUGAAAAUAUACGAUGCCGGUAUGAAAUAAAACUGUUAAACUGAUUCUGAUAGAACUAUAAAUGAUAUCAAUAAUCUGUCAUUGAGGAUGUGUAUUGAUUUCUUUGUGAUUGUGUCAUGUCAUUGCAAGUCAUGGUAAUGUUAGCUACAUUUGCCUCUUUAGCAAUCCAGCUCAAAAACAAACAACACAACCUAGCAUUGUAUUGCACGCACAGCACGAUGGUGCAAUGCAUAAAUUGGUGACCGGAAUAAAGUAGCAAAAAAUGUGCUAGUACCAUUUAAAAAAACAUUUAAAAUCGACAUAAAAUGACAACCGUGGUACAAAUACAAUACAAGGAAAUAAAUCUCUUUCUGGGUGCAGCUUUGUUUUCGAGUCGUAGGCCUACGGUCAGCCUCACUGAACUUGGUAUGCUCUCAGAAUUCCGUGUUGGACCGACAAAAAAGGGGUCGUUCCUCCGUGGAAUCCCGCAAGAAAGCUGGGAGAUUUCCCCACUUGCAACUCGUUCGGGUGGUGUGCGAGGCAUCUGGAACACCCCAUAAGGGUCGGCGAAUGGGCCUAAAUAAUCGUGCAGAAUAGGCUAUUUAAGAAAUACGAUUUUCUUUCCAAGAUAAUCUGAACAUUUAAAAAUUGAGUAUUAGUCUAGGUGAAAAAUUGUGGAAUGGGUAGGGUCCCAAAGUUUGCAGAGAAGAAUAAAGAAAGAAUAAAGCCUAAGAAGAACAAUAGUUGAGCGCUGCAUGCAGCACUCAACUCAUCAUCAUGCGUUGUCCUCAGCCUUCCCUGAACACACAUGGCCUUUCAGAUUUCUGUCUGUCUGUUGCCCCUCAGCCCUUCACUGACGUCAACAGACCAGUGCUGGACAUAUAUAAGGUCUAUGGGGUCCUCCCACCGUCACUCGAGGGACUCCGGACGGGCUGCUUCACCAGGGGCCACAGAGCGGAUUACUGGGGCUUACUGUGCAAGGACGUCUGGUCACCAUGAAGCCCGUCCCGUUCAUCCUGCUCCUCGCAUCUGUCCUGCUGGCCUCCCACGGCCGCCCCUCCGCCGUCCGGACGCUCCCCGCCCGGGACGAGGCGCUCCUCAGCGCCGUCUCGGACCUCCUCGGCGACACGCUGCUGCGCGUCAUCCAGAGGACCAGUCCGGGGGUCAGUCUUUCCCUUGGGUCCGACAACGAGGAGCUCUCGAUAGCAGCGCAGAUGGACGCUACAGCCCUCUUUCACCUGGCGCGUGCUGUGGCGACCUUGGAGACAGAGCUGCGCGCGCCCGGGAUGGAGGGUGAGCCCGAGAAGAACCGUGUGGACGACCUGGGGGGGCUGUCCAAGAGGAGCGAGGAGCCGCCGAUCUCCAUCGACCUCACCUUCCACAUGCUCAGACACAUGAUCCACAUGGCGAGGGUGGAGAGGGAGAAGGAGCAGGCGGAGAUGAACCGACACUUCUUAGAUGAGGUGGGGAAGUGACAGACCCGGUGAACAUGGGGAGAAACAAGCUAUACUAUCAAUAUGUUCUUUCAAGUUAUUUUUUAUUUAUUUUGCCAUCGUUGAGUAGGCCUAUAUCUGCCUUCAGCCUGCAUUCACGCAUAAGCAGUGUCGGUUUUAGAAACUAUGUUUAGAAAAUGGUUUUAGAUGCAUGGAAACGAACAGCGCAGACUCACCAUUGAGCGCCUCUCAGCUCCUGCUAGGGGUAACUAGUGCUCAGAAUAACUCCUUACUGCCAGUGUCCUUUUCAAACUCAGCUGAAGACUCACGAAGUCUAACGGAUCAUGAGGAGGAUAAUAUACGUAGUGUUCUGGGACAAGUUCAUCCUUGAAAAAAUAUUUAGAUUUAAGAAUGACAAUAAGUAAAGAUUUGAAAAGGAUUAAAUCUCACUGAAUAUUUUAAACUGAACUUCUCCAGCACUUCAAUAUUAAAAUAUUACGAUAAAAAAAUAUGUUUUAUUUGAUCAAGAUAUACUUCAAAUAAAGACCUUUUGAGGGAGUGUAUAGCUACUGUCAGUACUCUACUGGUCAUACAUGUUCUAACCUGCUUAAAUUCACCACAGUGUUGCAGAUAGGUUGUUGAGAAUGCAUGAUGUGGUUUUUAUGUGGUGAUUUGUAGGAUUUAUUGAAACAUGAAUUGUUCAAGGAGGCUUGUUAAACUAGAUUGAACAGUCUGCCGAAAAUGACCCCAACGCUGUUUAGAUGUUAAUUUGAACAUCAAAAUCAUGACGGAUGUUGUUCCAGACCCAAUGUGUUAUUCUGAUUAUCAACUUGGACCCAGGGACGUGCACAGGGGGGUUGCUCAGGUUGCUUGGGCAACUGCCCAUAUGCCCUCCUCGACUCAGGUUGCCUUUCCGAGAAAAAAAAAAAUAUAUAUAGAUUAUUUUUUAAUCAUUUGAUGGAUGCAGAAUUUCAUGUAGGCCUAGAUAAUAAAAAUCGCCACUCGAAACAUUUCAUAAAGUAAGCGUAGCCUCAUUCAAUUCCGUUCGGGAGAGU